GUUGCCUACCUCAUACCAAGUAAUUUAUCGUUUUGCAGUGUUUAGCAUGCAUAGAGACAAGUGGGGCUAGAAAUCUUUUUUAGUUGUUUUUGCUAUUGUUUGGGAAUACAUUCACAAGUAUCUGGUCCUCCUUAAGCCACAUUUUUACCAUCAACACUUUUGAUGGUUAUCUUUAACUGGCUGCUUAGAGGUUGCGAGUCUGAAUGUUUUUCUCAUUCUAGAACUGAAAUCCAUGUAGUGUGUCCAAUCUCUCCUCCCACUUCUUGGCUACUGGAGUGAAAGCCAUCUUUAGCCUAGUAAGGCGUCUGUACAUGACAGAGCUGAUGUUUACCAUUCCUCUUCAGAGAUGCAAAUGGACCCCCUAUCCCUCUGGUUCCCUUGUAGCUUACACAUAGUAGGGCUAAAGGAGAACUCUGUGAGCCAGCAGGUAUUGCAGGUUAGCAAUAUAAAUUCCACACCCCUGUAAAUGUGAGAAAUGUUAAAUAAAAUGAACUUGCUUAUUGCAGGCCUUACUAAAGUUUGCUUUGCUUAUUGCUUUUAUUGUAUGUGUAAGCUUGUUCUAAAGUAGUUCUAAACCGUUUUAUGGGAUAUGAAUACUAUAUAACUCUCAAACGCCAAUUUAUAUGUUAACUAUCCAUUUCUAAGAAUUUUCCCAUUUUGUGACGGCCUUAUAGAUUAAAGGGAAAACUAAAUGUCAGUUUGUUUUUCUCAGGCAUCGUUAUAUGUAAGGUAAAGCGGGCACUUAAUUUACCUGUAUUUGACUGAUUUUCCACUUUGUGUUGUUUUGCAGAUAGUGAUGAAAACUUGCAUCUCCCCCGUGUGCUAUUCCGUUUCUGGCAGCCACUGCUCAAGGUCUUGCAUGCUCAGGCAUUUACGCAGGAAUUAUUGGAGAAAAUGUUCUCUGAAUUAGGUCAUUGCUCGGAGACUGAUAAUGACUUUAGAGCCCACUAUCUUAGCUGUUGGAUAUCAGAGAUCUUGACAGCCAAUCAAAGAGCUGGUAGGUUUGGGGAAUUGGCAACAUACAUUCUGAGGAAGAUGAGCCUCAAAUGUGAAUGAAAAGCUCAAUUUAAUAAAUUGCCAGCAACUGUUCAUUUUGUUUGACAUGCCUGUUGGAUUGGUGCAUGAAAGCACCUCAUAAAAGAAAAGGUGCCUGAAAGAGUUUUGUGAAAUAGCCAAACCUAGAUAAAUGUAUUUCUAAAAAAAAAAACCAUAAAAAUAUAAAGUGCAAUAAUAUAUGUACUAAAAAAAAAAUAACCCAUCCCAAGAUGGCAACUUAAAAAAGGAGAGUGGAUGUGUGCCUCUUGGACAAUCACUCUGGGAGGGGAACCUUAGAUCCUGUAACCGGCAGAUCCAAAAUCAGGACAAGGAUGGAGAUGAGUCAGAUAUACAGAGAUAUUGGUGAUAUUUUUUUUAAAGAUUAUAAACUUUAAAAACAUCAGCACUGGAGUUCUUUAUCAAUAAGUGGACUGAGGAUUCAACUUCUUAGUCCAGGCUUCCUCAAACUUUGGCUCUCUAGAUGUUGCUGAACUACUACUCCUAUGAUUCUAUGAAUGAAAUAGACUGUCUGAGAAUCAUGGGAGUUGUAGUUCAGCAACAUCUGGAGGGCUGGAAUUUGGGAAGCAUGUCUUAGUCUCUUCUGGAUUCAUGACAUCACAUGAUGAUGUGUUUCACCCCUCCCAUUUGGGCUUUGUUUAUAUAUUGGCAAUAUCUCUGGAUACCUGGCAGUCGUCUCCAUCUCCAAAGUUCUCAAGGCACUGAAUGUCUAAGCUGCACACAGCCACUCUCCCUUUGUAAAGAUGCCAUAAUUGGGUGGGAUUUUUAAAGCAUAUAUUUUUAAUAACAUGCAAUAUAUUACUGUAUUUGUUUUUAUCCUUUCAGGAAUUUACAUCCGUCUGGCUAGAAUUAUUUCAAAAAAUUCUUCUAUGGACAUUUUAUUUUUUGAGGUGCCAUCAUUAAAGGGAAUUAUGUCGUUUAUGGGAUUUUGUUUAAAUUCUAUAACUUCAUGGAAUGCACCUUUUAAAGUACAUAUUGUCUACAUGUGUUGCCUCCCUUCUAGUGCUGUGAAAGAAUACUUCGUCUAUAUUAGUUUAAAAUUUUUGUUUAAAUUAUUAUUUUUCCUCAAACAGAGAGAAAAUGCGUCAUUCCCUCUCGCAAUCAGGCAGCAGUGAAAAGCAAAUGGAAACUGUUUGCUCACCGGGUGGGUUUGCAGUGGAAAAAAUUAAUGCAGAAAUGCCUUGAGUCUCCGUGCCAAGCGACUCCAGACCUCUUAAGACUGUAAGUAAGCCCUGCAUAUUGCAAAAACUGAGAAUCAACACUAUGUAACCAAGUCAACUAUACAGAACUGGAAAAGAGUUGGGAGUAAAACUGGUCUCCUUAAUUGUCAAUAUUAUGGAAACCAUGCAUGGGCAGGCUGCAAAAAGAAUUGGGUAAAUGGGAGGUUUUAGUUAUGGGGAAGGGCUAGAAUAUUUGAACUUGUUUACGUGAAAUAAAUAAAACACUUUUCAGGAGGAUAUGAUCUAUUUACACACCAGUAGCCCAAAACCACUCCCUGUUCAUUCAUAGGACUGUACAACUGCAAGAAAUAAAACAUGAAAGCUCAAAGAAUGGAAUUUUUUUUCAUGUGGCAGUAGAAUUCUUUUCAGUAAGCACAAUAAAGAUGUUGAUGCCUAAAGUGGUGGUGAUAUCGGCUUUGUGUAGUUUUUUUUGUUUUUUUUGUUUGUUUGAUUGGGGGGAAAAAAACAGGAAUAUUCAAGGAUUUAAUAGUUAAUAUGUGGGUUAUAACUCUUGGCUCUGAAAGACAAACCAUUGCCAUUUUGGGGUCAAGAAAUAAUAUUUUCCUGUUUUGUUACAGAAUUGGAAUAUACAAAUUUAUUAUUUUUUGUCUUAUUUUUAGAUUGACCGAAUAAAUUAAUUUUUUUUUCCCCAGCUUAUUUUUUACUAUGCCUUUUAGGUUUACUAAACCUAGUUAAAAUAAUGCAUCUGUGAUGUUUGAACAGAGGAAGACUUCUUAAAACCAUAUGCUAACAGGAUUAUUCACUAAACUAAGAAUUGUGGAGCAUCAGCAAUAUAAUAGCAAAUUUUAGAUUAGAGCAGUCAAAUUAGAAACACUCUUCAAUAUGACUGAGCUCACCUAUCUCAACUUUUUCUUGCCAACUAUUUAACGUUCCUAGGUUAGUAAAUUAUUUUACUUGUAUUUAGAACAAACAAAUUACUGUAGGUUGUAUACAAAAUAUGUCCUGGUUUUUAAUUUAUUUUUACCUCAUUGCACAUUAAAGGGAGUUUCUCUAGACUCUGAAUAAAUAUUCCCUUAUUAAUGCGUUAAAAAAUAAAAUAUCUAAAAAAAUUUUUUAAAGAAACGAAGAUGUUCAGUAUUUUCGCUUCUGCAAUGCGCUUACAAAAUGAGUGAAAACACUCAAAUGUUGUUUAUGUUGUGAUCUACCCCAAAAUUCUUUGUUCUCUUUUUACAUGCAGCUCAUCCUGUCUAGCUGACAUAGUUUAUAUGCAUCAUUGAGUGUCACAGUCUCCUUCAAUCCGCGUUGUGGAAUGUCUUUGAGAGUGUUGAGCAUAUUUCAUCAUAUAUACACCAAGAAGCAGCGAUUUGUGUUCUUCUAAAAUCUUAGAACAGAUUCCAUAGACACUGCAUUAUAUAACUUUACAAGAUUAUAUUGCAGUCAAGCAACAGUGCACGGUCUACUGAUGAUUAAUUUUAUGAUCCUGAAAAUAACACCAAUGUAUACUUUAAAGGAAAUAAUUGAUGAAUCUUUUGAAGCAGACACACAUCUUCUUAAUUUUUUUUUCUUUAGGAUCUUUGCAUAUAUGAAGCCCAGUCUAUCUUCUAACACCCAGGAGAAGCUUCUGUGUCUCUGCUCUAUCUAUGUUCAGGAUGAUGACUCUGAUGUAUCUGUGGACUACAGUGACCAGCCCAUUUACACGGUGGAAAGCCUGGAGUGGAAAAUAAGGCAGGAAUCCAAGAGCAGAGGUUUUAAUUCAUGGGCGAGACCAGCAAUGGAAGAAGAGGAAGAACCGGACACUAGUGAGCACACAGAGGAUGAAGAGAUGAUUACUGAAGAGUCCUAUGAGGAAGAAUACAUUCAAAUAAUAAAUGCAAAGAUGGCUAAAGAGCAGAAAACGGCAUUACAGGGCUCUGCAUGGAGUGUUAGUGCAGGUAUAAGCAGUUUAUCUAAAUUUCUAUUGUGAGGUUAAAUUCUUUUAAAGAACUAUUGUUACUUUAAUGAAAUGCCUUUGUCACACCAUCUAGGCUGCCAUUCAGACAGCUGGGAGGAUUUCCUACAUAAUCGCCUUUUUAAAGGAUCACUAUAGUGUCAGGAAAACAAACUCCUUUUCCUGACACCAUAUAAUCCUUAGGUCUCCCCCUCCCACUGGGCUGAAGGGGUUAAAACCCCUCAAGCCACUUACCUUUAUCCAGCACGGGCUCCCUUGGCGUUGGUGACCUCUCCUCCCCCUCUGACGUCAGCUCCUGAGUGGAGCCGAAUGCACAUGCGCGGCCAGAGCAUUUAAACGCCCAAAAACGUACGACUUUGUGUGAUCAAUGCGAUUUUCGCAUUGAGCAUCACAGAAGUGCCCUGGAGGCUGUCUUCCUGAAACUGCUAUGUUUACAGCUGCAGGGUUAAAACCUGGGGGACCUGGCACCCAGACCACUUCAUUGAGCCGAAGUGGUCUGGGUGACUAUAGUGGUCCUUUAAGUAUAUUUCACAGUGGAUGUCAGUGGUUGCACCAAUCUCUGUGCCUGCCCUUCGUAUAUUUCUGAGUGAGGUGUACAUGUAUUAUAGCUCAGUGACGCGUAUGAUUGGCCAGUAGCACACAUGCAGGAUUUGGCUUCUGACUGGACAGUGUCCAGCAUAGAUUCGAAAGGCGCUGCUGGAUAAAAAAAUGACAGGGCACACAGCAGCUGCACAAACUAGUUCUGCAGUAAAUCUAAGCUAGCUUUCUUAUAUAAAUCAAUGCAAUGCAUUUUGCCACUACAUCUACUGUAUGGUUAAAAAAAAGUGUGUGUGUGUGUGUGUGUGUGUGUGUGUGUGUGUGUGUGUAUAUAUAUAUAGGUAUAUAUACACACACAUUUGUGUCUCUUUAAAAACAAUAUGGCAUGUCGUGAAACUUGACAUGACGUUGAACAUAAAAUACAAUAACCGUACAGCUCUGCCAUUAACAAUUUAUAGUCUAGGUCUGGGAGGAGGUUGGGGGGGGAAAUGGAUGCUGAAGAUCAAGAUUGGUUAGAGGUGAAAUGUUUUAAAUCCAAUGGAGAUGAAAUGUGUAAGAACUAUUGUCAUUCUCCAUUGACCAAUGUUUCAGGUGACUGUUCUGUAUUAUAUCAUGGGCAUACAUGUUUUAUAACUCUUGUUUAAUAUUUUGCUCACCAGGACAAUAAUGUAAUGUACCCAAUGUUAUUAAACCUAGGAGAUAAAGAUUCUUUGUUUUUGUCUUUCAGAUAAUGUGAAGUGGGGUGAGUAUCCUCUUGGUGUUGUUCCGGGACAGAUUGAUGAUCCAGGCUGCCUUAUGAUUGAGCGCUACUCUAUCAUGUCUGUGCUUGAACAGCAGGAUGCAGAGGGAAAGCAGAAUGGACAUGCUGACGCCACAAGGUAAAUAUUGAAUCUCAACUGAAAUAGUUUGUGUUGCAAAAUUGUGAAUUAAAUUGUAAUACCAGGAAGUAAGCCAGCAGUUUCCAUGUUUAGAUGCAGUCUAGGCAAACAACUCUUUCAGAGCAUGGCAAAUAAAGCCUGGUUUGCCAACCAGCAAAGCGGAUAUUUGUCUACAGAUGGCUAAUCUUACCACAAAUGUGCAUUUUUUUUAAUUUUUUUUUCCCUUUUCAGAUAUGUUUGCAUGGUAAAUGAGAAAUCUACACCCAGAAGAGGUUUUUUUUUUAAGGCUUUUGAUAAGUAACUCUAGACCUGUAGCAAAUUGACUAGAAUUCAGAGUUCUAGUUCCAACAAUACAUUUAGCAAUUUAUUUGAGGGGUUUGUGGUGUUAGGGUUUUUUUUUUCUUCUUACGAUUCCAGAGGUGAAAUAAGUGAAUUCAAGCCACACUGUACCAUAGCUAGACAAAGAAAAAAUCCUGCUGUAUCUGGAAUAUCUUUGAACCGUAAAAGCUGUAAUAGACCAUAAAAGAAAGGGUGACGAUUAGGAAAAGGGGGAGAAAAGGGAAGUCUGGGCUCAUAAAAUUGGGGAUCCCGAUAGUAGCUCUGCAUACACAGAAAAAAAAGUACGUAGCAACUAGUUAAUAGGAAAGGUGGGGGCACACAUACAGGAAUGGAAAAGGUGAGAAAAGAAUGGGCAAAAAAGACGCCCUAUCUAAACCAUUUGAAACUGUCUGAGAAGAGAGUCCUUAAAAUAGCAAAAUAGUAAGAGAUAGGGAGGAGGAGGAAUAUAACAGUCCAAAAAGCAUUUCCCAAUGUAGAUACUAAGGUCCCCUAUAACUCAAAGUAACUCAGGUUGAAUGGACUAAUGGAGGUUACUACCUCACAGAAAGAAAAGAGAGAGUGCCCACACUACGAACAGAAAGACAGGUGAGCUGUAAUGCUAGGUGGAUGAGUCUUCAGGGGUGAGCAAACCCAACCCCUAAGCUGAGACCAGACCACCCCAACAAACCUGACACUGUCCAAGCACCAAAACCUAAAUAAACGAACUUAAUUAAACCAUACUAACUACCUAAGUGCUACCUAGUGCAGAAUAAUAAAAUAAAGAGACGCUCAACUCUCGUUUCGGCGUAAAUAUACACCGUCGUCAGGAGCUAUUAAGUUGCAUGUCCCACUCUCGGAUUUAAAUACUUCCAUUUGAGAGAAAGCUGAUCCGACAUGCUGGGAGGGGGGGAAGUGAGUGAUGGCAAGUCGCCACUCCCCCUGCUCAACGUCUCGUCAGUUGGCCCACAGCCAUUGGAUUAGAGCCAUGCCUGUCCUGCAAGCUGGGAGUGGGGAGGCAAGUGGCGUGGUAUCGCCACACCCCCUACCCGAUGUCACGUCAAUUAGCGAACGCUAGACCGAUCGAUGCAGGGGGGUGGCAGCUAGGCACACCUUCUUCUGACAUUGCGGCUAGCAAAAGAAUGAUUAACGGGUGACGAAAUUUAUCGUCACGCCUACUGAUCGUGUUCGGGCAUAAAUCAACUGUGCCAGCAGUGAUUACAAGGUGGAUCAAUGUGUCAGAAUAUUGACACAAAUCCCUUUGGUCUUAAUUAGUGUAUAUCCACUAUUGGAAUGGUAGGCAAAAAGUCCCAAUGGUGCAUCUCUUAGAAACUUACUAAAUGUUCCAAGAUCAUGUUGAGUCUAUAUGGUACUACUGUUUAUAUGGUACCAUUUAAGUAAUAACAUUAUGGUGUUAGAACUCCAUAAUUAUUAUACUUCAUGAUAUCAUAAUAUCUAAUGUUUAAGAAACAGGCUUCCACUAUUGACCCUUUGUCAAAAAGGUCUCUCUAUAUAGCUGCACGCGUUUAAACAUAAAGGAGGAUUUACCUUAGCAAAUUAGGGCUCAUAUGUCCUGAUAUCCUUAAUUGUCUACGUGUGGUGCAUCCAUGUGAAAGUAUAUGCUCAGAGUAUAUAGGGAUGUCCUGAUUCUUAACUAUUUGGGCAAAUUGGAAAAAUAAAGAGGUACACCAUUAGGAGUAUAAGUAUUAAUACUGAGUGGUUGUGGGGAACGAUAUCUAGGAUCAGCCAUAAGGUAUAGUAAGGUACAAACCAGUGGGAUCUAUGCAAACUAUUUAAUAUGAAAAAAUUAAAAAACUUUAAUUAGUUAUUUACAUAUAAACAUAUUUACCGACCGCAUACAAUCAAGUAGAAUAGGUCGGUACAUUCUCUUUUUUUUUUUUUUUUAUGUAAAAGUAAGGGGAACUUCUUUAUGGGAUAGUUGAGAAACAGCCAUGUUGCAAGGUAUACCAUACAAUGAUUUAUAUGUAGUGAGGAGAAAGGGUAGAGAAUGAAGGCAAGCUCCUACUCAGCAUGCUCAUCAGUUGAUGAGCAUGCUGAGUAGGAGCUUGCCUUCAUUCUCUACCCUUUCUCCUCACUACAUAUAAAUCAUUGUAUGGUAUACCUUGCAACAUGGCUGUUUCUAAACUAUCCCAUAAAGAAGUUCCCCUUACUUUUGGUUACUGAUGUGGUUGUAGUCCCAAAGAUGAGCUGUGGGCUUACAUCCCUAGCUGUGAGUUACUUGGAAACAAAAAUAUGCACAGCAGUGUCCUAACUUGGAAAUCUCUGCAAGGAGCAGCAACAGAUUGUUGGACAAUGUUGCUUCUUCCUUCUGAUGUUCCCAUUAUUACUGCUGUAGAUCUACAGUCUUUGUCAAGUCUUAUGUUCCUAAAUGAUCCUUCUCCCUGAAAGCAACAACUUAUUGGAUUUCAUAAUGCAUUAUGAAACAUUGACAGCCUCAAAGAAUGUACUUUGUGAGCCUUGACUAUUGCUUUCAGGAAGAAAGUCCUUUAUAUGAGUGUUAAGUUCUCACAAGCAGAUCUAAAGUAUUUCCUGACCCCUCUAGUUUGUGACAUGGCAGUUUACAUCAUCAUGUAUGGUAUGAGGAUUCUUAAAGAUCAUUGUGAACAGAACUUAUUAUUUGAGUCCCAAAGAUUAUUUUACAAAAUCAAUGCAUUUUUUUGUUGGCAGCUCUCCUAUUGUGCCCUCUUCCUCACCGGAAACUGUGCUCUGGAGCCAGGCAGAGCUGAAUAAUAUUAAAGCGGGGCUGCGGUUAUUCUGAAGGCUUGUGUUCAUUUCUGUUACCAAUGAAAAUAAUGUAUUUUGGGAGAACAUCCAAGGCUACAUACACAACUGAUCAUUCCAAAACCAAGAGAGAAACUGAGCUGUCUCUUGGACUUUGACUUAGGUGGAUUCAAGUUAUUUGACAAUCUUGGGGGGAAAAAAAUCUGACAAAACGGAGUCCCCUUAAUUGUAGGGCCUUCCCUUCUCCUCCACUCUAGCGUGUUUAUUUUUUUUGUACAUUUAAUAAAAAAUAAAAUCUUAAUAUGGCUGGC